AUGGUAUCAUUGGGCCUCUCUCAUUUCCACGGAGAAACUUCUUCCAAAACCCUAAUUGUUUCUCCUCUUGCUUCCACUCCUUCUGUGACUCCAUCGUCGAUCUCUACUCCUCCAUCUCAAGAGCCAUCGCCUACGAUUUCUCCUCUUACUGUGACUCCAUUGUUAAUCUCUACUCCUCCAUCUCAAGAGCCAUCGCCAACGAUUUCUCCUCUUACUGUGACUCCAUUGUUAAUCUCUACUCCUCCAUCUCAAGAGCCAUCGCCAACGAUUUCUCCUCUUACUGUGACUCCAUUGUUAAUCUCUACUCCUCCAUCUCGAGAGCCAUCGCCAACGAUUUCUCCUCUUACCGUGACUCCAUUGUUGAUCUCUACUCCUCCAUCUCAAGCACCGUCGCCUACGAUUUCUCCUCUUACUGUGACUCCAUUGUUGAUCUCUGCUGCUCCAUCUCAAGCACCAUCGCCUACUAUUUCUCCUCUUACUGUGACUCGAUCGUCGAUCUCUACUCCUCCAUGUUCGCCUGAUAUUUCUCCCUCGGCUAACCCAACGGCAUCUGCUCCUGUUCCUGUGAAGAGCAGUCCUUCUCCUUCACCGUCUGCCAUCAACUCUCCACAAUCUCCUCCUCAUGCUUCGCCAGCAGCUGCUCCUGCCAUUACUCCAUCGUCGAUCUCUACCCCUCCAUCUAAAGCAUCAUCAACAUCACAGACAUCCACAAACGCUGCUGCCGCUUUGAACAGAUUUACAGUUGCCGGAUCUGCUGCUGUCGUCCUUUUAACUGCUGCUUUGAUGAUGUAA